AUGGAGGCGGCCAAGAAGUCGGACGACGACUUGCUCGAGCUUCUCAAGCUUGUGCAGCUCGAGUAUCUUGUCACGCGCGACGACGAGGAUCCGUGGGGCGUCGUCAAGGAUUGGUCGGACGUCCUUAGCGGCGGCGAGAAGCAGCGCGUGGCCAUGGCCCGUCUCUUUUACCACGCGCCGCAGUUUGCAAUUUUGGACGAGUGCACGUCGGCCGUCAGCGUCGACGUCGAGGGUCUGAUGUACGACUACUGCAAGAGCCAAGGCAUCACGCUCUUCACGGUCUCGCACCGCAAGUCGCUCUGGAGCUACCACGACUACGUGCUCAAGUUUGACGGUCGUGGGGCCUACGAGUUCCGUCGCAUUGAAGAGAGCGACGCAGCUUUUGGCUCGUAGAUGCUUCCAGCCUCCGCCACGCAAACACAUAUUGUCUGUAGCCUAACAUUUGGUAAUCAUCGCCUUGGUGGACUUGCUGCACGCAACUAUAAGGCAGG